CACAACAAAGGUCUGCUUUCCUUACUCCUCACACACUCAGCGCAUUUAUACACUGGGAAAUACAAACACAGAAAAACCUUCAUGGUUUUUAUGAUCUUCACAUGGCUGAAAAUGAUGCAGAAUCUGUGAACAAAUCUAUCCUAAAGUGUAGGUACUGACAGACUGUCUUCUGCUGCCAUGGAGGGAAAUCACAGUGGCUUGGCUGGAAGCACACAGACGUCUGUGUCAGAAAAACAGACAGAUGGACACAUUUAUGAGGUUACAGUACAGAGCAACUCCACCAACCACAGCACUCAGUUUGCUGAUGUAGCCCUGCUGCAGAUGUUCAAACCUCUCAUCAUCCCUUUGUAUGUGCUUGUAGUAGUGGUGGGCGUCUUUGGGAAUUACCUGCUCCUCUAUGUCAUCUGCAGAACACGCAAGAUGCACAAUGUCACCAACUUCUUCAUUGGGAAUUUGGCCUUUUCUGACAUGCUCAUGUGUGUGACUUGUGUCCCUUUCACUCUUGCCUACGCCUUCAACCCACAUGGUUGGAUUUUUGGCCGCUCGAUGUGUUAUCUGGUGUUCCUCAUCCAACCUGUCACAGUCUAUGUUUCAGUCUUCACACUCACUGCUAUUGCUGUGGACAGAUAUUAUGCAACAGUUCAUCCCCUAAAGAAGAGGACCUCUGUGCCUACCUGUGCCUCUGUCCUCACAGGAAUCUGGCUGCUGUCCUGUGGGCUGGUAGCUCCAGCAGUGACUCACACCUACCAUGUAGAGUUCAAAGAGGAAGGCUUCACCAUCUGUGAGGAGUUCUGGUUGGGACAAGAGAAGGAAAGGCAUGCUUAUGCAUACAGCACUCUGCUGGUCACAUAUGUCCUGCCACUGUCAGCUGUCUUUGUCUCUUAUCUCUGCAUUACUGUCAAACUGAGGAACUGUGUUGCACCAGGCCAUAGGACACAAGACCAGGCAGGUGCUCAACAAGCUCGUAAGAGAAAGGUCUUCCGCUUGGUUGCGCUUUUAGUGUCUGCCUUUGCAGUGUGCUGGCUUCCUAUUCAUGUAUUCAAUGUGCUGCGAGACAUAGACAUCCACCUGAUUAACAAGCGCUACUUUUUACUUAUCCAACUGCUGUGCCACCUGUCUGCCAUGAGCUCAUCUUGUUAUAACCCCUUCCUCUAUGCAUGGCUGCACGACCGCUUCCGCACCGAGCUACGUAAAAUGUUCAAGUGCCAUUAUCGUAUUGGAGUGCCUGCCAAUCACUGCGCUGUCAAUGUGGUCUUGUAAUUACAUACUGAAAAGGACCCUUUUUUAUCCUCUGGUCACCCGUAAAAUCCAUAGAAACCUUUGCUGCAAUCUGGCCAUUAGUUACUGUAUGUUGUGUACAAAGAUGUUCUAUUGGCCAGGAGCAGCUAUUUAAAAGAGGCCAAGGUAAGGCAUCAUCUUAAAGGUCUGCUAUUUCCUAAUAAUUGCUUGAAAUUUUCCUGGAAAGAAGCAUGUAGUUUGGUACUAAUUAUAGAAAAAUUAAGUUCUGAAGCUGUUAUUUUAGCUUAUUAUU